CUUCCUGAUAAGCCACCUUGCCGAGGCUGCUCCUCCUAUCUCAUGGAGCCUUACAUCAAGUGUGCUGAAUGUGGGCCACCUCCUUUUUUCCUCUGCUUGCAGUGUUUCACUCGAGGAUUUGAGUACAAGAAACAUCAAAGUGAUCAUACUUAUGAAAUAAUGACCUCAGAUUUUCCUGUUCUUGACCCCAGCUGGACUGCUCAAGAAGAAAUGGCCCUUUUAGAAGCUGUGAUGGACUGUGGGUUUGGAAAUUGGCAAGAUGUAGCCAAUCAAAUGUGCACCAAGUCCAAGGAGGAGUGUGAGAAACACUAUAUGAAACAUUUCAUCAAUAACCCUCUGUUUGCAUCUACCCUGCUGAACCUGAAACAAGCAGAAGAGGCAAAAACUGCUGACACAGCCAUUCCAUUUCACUCUACAGAUGACCCUCCCCGACCUACCUUUGACUCCUUGCUUUCUCGGGACAUGGCAGGGUACAUGCCAGCUCGAGCAGAUUUCAUUGAGGAAUUUGAUAAUUAUGCAGAAUGGGACUUGAGAGACAUUGAUUUUGUUGAAGAUGACUCGGACAUUUUACAUGCUCUGAAGAUGGCUGUGGUUGAUAUCUAUCAUUCUAGGUUAAAGGAGAGACAAAGACGGAAAAAAAUUAUAAGAGACCACGGAUUAAUCAACCUUAGAAAAUUUCAGUUAAUGGAACGGCGCUAUCCCAAGGAGGUCCAAGACCUUUAUGAAACAAUGAGGCGAUUUGCAAGGAUUGUGGGGCCAGUGGAACAUGACAAGUUCAUCGAAAGCCAUGCACUGGAAUUUGAACUCCGGAGGGAAAUCAAGAGGCUUCAGGAAUAUAGGACAGCAGGCAUUACCAAUUUUUGUAGUGCUAGAACCUAUGAUCACCUCAAGAAAACAAGAGAGGAAGAACGCCUUAAACGCACCAUGCUCUCUGAAGUUCUCCAGUAUAUCCAGGACAGUAGUGCUUGCCAACAGUGGCUCCGCCGGCAAGCUGACAUUGAUUCUGGCCUGAGUCCUUCCAUUCCACUGGCUUCGAAUUCAGGUAGACGGAGUGCACCACCCUUGAACCUCACUGGCCUCCCUGGUACGGAGAAGCUGAAUGAAAAGGAAAAGGAGCUCUGUCAGAUGGUGAGGUUGGUCCCUGGAGCCUAUUUAGAAUACAAAUCUGCUCUGCUGAAUGAAUGUAACAAGCAAGGAGGCUUGAGACUGGCACAAGCAAGAGCACUCAUCAAGAUAGACGUGAACAAAACCCGGAAAAUCUAUGAUUUCCUCAUCCGAGAAGGAUACAUCACUAAAGCUUGAGGCUCUAAGGGCUUGGGACCAGAAGUCAGAAGUUUGGAAUGUGUUGGGCCAAAGGACAAUAUGGGCAUUCUGGAGAGUUUUGUUUUUGAGCUGAAUUCUCAUUGUAAAAAGAGGGGAAGGACAAAGGAACCCUUAAGUUGUAUUAAUGUCUACUUUCUUUCCACCCUGCUUUAAAACACUCCCUGUUGUUGGUAUUAUGCUGCAGAGUUGUGUGCUAGAUAAGCUAUUAUUAAAUGUGAGUGGGCAUUCAUUCCUAACACCUCUUGUAACUAAAAGAACCAUAGUACCUCACAUCACAGUGUUGGUAGAAAUAGAACUAAACCACAGUCUUCAGUCCCAGGAGUUCAGCUCAGAUCCAUGUACUUGAGAGGUAAGUUUGCUGAUUAUCUGCUUUGCCUUCAAACAUUGCAGACAGAUUAAAAAUAAAGAGAAAGGUUUUAGAGCAUCAGAAAGCUUUCUCUUUCUUUCUGAGGAUUUUUUAAGCUGACAACUUAGGUUCCUGAGCAAAGAGAAAGAAAAUAUUCCCAUGAUGAUGGUCUUUCCAAAACUGCAUCUUUAACUCUAGUGUCUGGCUUUGUACUUGGCAGUCUGGCUGUCUGAUCUGCAGUAGACUUUUGAGGAGGUGGUACCAGAUAUAAAAUGUCUCUGUUAUUUUUAGAAUUAAUGGAUUAAAAUGUUUUGCUAUUUAAUUUGUGGAUGUGUCAAAUAUUCUGGUAACUAAAGCACACUUCAAGUGUUGGUUGCCGGCCCCAUCAUGCUGCACUGUCUCUGCUAACCACGUGUGUCCUGAACUCACCCUGUUCUUACCCUGGGUUGCCCAGGAUACCAAGCCCCUGAGGAUGGAGAUGAUGCAACUAACCUCAGCUUUGCUUUGACUGAGACCUGAACCCUAAUUUCUCAAUGGUGAAAAGCUAGCCUGCAAUAAAAGCUGCUUUUAAAACAGACGUGAAGCAGCUUCAUAUAUGGUACUCACUAAAUAUGAGGGUGAGUAGCCCCACAUCUGAAACUUGGUCCUCAAACCUUUCUGCAGAAUAAGAAGCCAGACUCAUAGUCAUGGUUAUCUCAUUUUAUGUUACAAGCAAAGUUGUGUAUAGAAAUAACUUCUUCGGAAUCUGCACAAAUCACAUCCAAUAGCUGACUGAUUCUUUAAUUCCUUCUACAUUCAAACAUCUAAUUAAAAUAUUGUGUGUUUUGUUGGAAGCAUCUGCUCACAUUUUCGAUUGAUGUAAAUAUGCAUGCAGCUUGCUAAUAGACUUCAUCUAGGGGAUAAGAAAUGGAAAAAGACAUUCUCAGGAUCUGAGGGUUCAAAUAGAGGACUUUGAUUCUUUAAAAAGGA